UUUUUUCUAAAGAGAUCACAAGGAAGUCUUGGUUUAAAAAGAAACAGAAACAUACACAGGGGGUUGGUGAAUGGUGCCGACCGCGGCCAUCGCAGUUGGAAGCUAUAUUUUGGGGGAGUGAGUAGCGUCCAUGGAGUUACUUUGCUCCCACUCCUAGCGGCAAGGGGUCGGGUCAGGCAGGCUGACCGUCCCCGGUAGGGGUGCGGGGCCGGGGACUCCGCGGGCCCCGCCGCCUCCCUCGCCGCGACCCCGGAUGGAUGCGCGCCCCCCGCCCGCCCGCGCCGGCCCCUGGAGCUCCGGAUUUCGGGAGCAUCCUUCCCGCGCCGGCCCCCGCCGCGGCGCGUAGCCGAGGGCAGCGCCCCUUGGAAGGGCACCACAGAGCAAGGCUAGGCUGAAGAGCCAGCUCCCUUCUCUGCAGAAGGGACGAGAAGCACUCUGCAGUUGCCAAUGGGCAGCCUCUGUGGGAGCAAGCGGACUGAGCUCUGCCCUCUCUGAGGUGGAGGGUAGGGUGAGAGGUGCUGAAGGACAAAGUAGACAAAGCCCCUUUCAUUCUCCCAGGAUCUCCUCGAUGGAAGAGAAGAGGCGAAAAUACUCCAUCAGCAGCGACAACUCCGACACCACUGACAGUCACACUACAUCUGCCUCAAGAUGCUCCAAACUGCCCAGCAGCACCAAGUCGGGCUGGCCCCGGCAGAACGAAAAGAAACCCUCAGAGGUUUUCCGGACAGACUUGAUCACAGCCAUGAAGAUCCCAGACUCGUACCAGCUCAGCCCGGAUGACUAUUAUAUCCUGGCGGACCCGUGGCGGCAGGAAUGGGAGAAAGGUGUGCAGGUGCCUGCCGGGGCAGAGGCCAUUCCAGAGCCCGUGGUGAGGAUCCUCCCACCGCUGGAAGGCCCCCUCUCCCAGGUGUCCCCUAGCAGCUCCGAACGUGGCGAGGGCUCCCAGCCUGAUUGGCCAGGGGGCAGCCGCUAUGACCUGGACGAGAUUGACGCCUACUGGCUGGAGCUCAUCAACUCGGAGCUCAAGGAGAUGGAGAGGCCAGAGCUGGAUGAGCUGACACUAGAGCGUGUGCUGGAGGAGCUGGAGACGCUGUGCCACCAGAAUAUGGUGCGGGCCAUCGAGACGCAGGAGGGGCUGGGCAUCGAGUAUGAUGAGGAUGUCGUCUGUGACGUGUGCCGCUCCCCCGAGGGUGAAGAUGGCAAUGAGAUGGUCUUCUGUGACAAAUGCAAUGUCUGCGUACACCAGGCAUGCUACGGGAUCCUCAAGGUACCCACAGGCAGCUGGCUGUGCCGGACGUGUGCCCUGGGUGUCCAGCCAAAGUGCCUGCUCUGCCCCAAGCGAGGAGGAGCCUUGAAACCCACCAGAAGUGGGACCAAGUGGGUGCACGUCAGCUGCGCUCUAUGGAUUCCUGAGGUCAGCAUCGGCUGCCCCGAGAAGAUGGAGCCCAUCACCAAGAUCUCGCACAUCCCGGCCAGCCGCUGGGCUCUGUCCUGCAGCCUUUGCAAGGAGUGCACGGGCACCUGCAUCCAGUGUUCCAUGCCUUCCUGCGUCACGGCGUUCCACGUCACAUGCGCCUUUGACCACGGCCUGGAAAUGCGGACUAUAUUAGCGGACAAUGAUGAGGUCAAGUUCAAGUCGUUCUGCCAGGAGCACAGUGAUGGGGGCCCGAGAGGCGAGCCUCCCUCGGAGCCGGUGGAGCCCAGCCCCACUGUUGAGGACUUGGAGAAGGUGACCCUGCGCAAGCAGCGGCUACAGCAGCUGGAGGAAGAGUUCUACGAGCUGGUGGAGCCGGCCGAGGUGGCCGAGCGCCUGGACCUGGCCGAGGCGCUGGUCGACUUCAUCUACCAGUACUGGAAGCUGAAGAGGAAAGCCAAUGCCAACCAGCCACUGCUGACCCCCAAGACCGAUGAGGUGGACAACCUGGCCCAGCAGGAACAGGACGUCCUGUACCGCCGCCUCAAGCUCUUCACACACCUGCGGCAGGACUUGGAGCGGGUUAGAAAUCUGUGCUACAUGGUGACAAGGCGCGAGAGAACGAAACAUGCCAUCUGCAAACUCCAGGAGCAGAUAUUCCACCUGCAGAUGAAGCUUAUCGAACAGGAUCUGUGUCGAGAGCGGUCUGGGAGGAGAGCAAAGGGCAAGAAGAGCGACUCGAAAAGGAAAGGCCGUGAGGGCCCAAAGGGCAGCCCUGAGAAGAAAGAGAAAAUGAAGGCGGGGCCUGACUCAGUCCUGGGGCAGUUAGGCCUGUCCACCUCAUUCCCCAUCGAUGGCACCUUCUUCAACAGCUGGCUGGCGCAGUCAGUGCAGAUCACGGCAGAAAACAUGGCCAUGAGCGAGUGGUCACUAAACAAUGGGCACCGAGAGGACCCUGCUCCAGGGCUGCUGUCGGAGGAGCUGCUGCAAGAUGAGGAGACGCUGCUAAGCUUCAUGCGGGACCCCUCGCUGCGACCCGGUGACCCUGCCAGGAAGGCUCGUGGCCGCACCCGCCUGCCUGCCAAGAAGAAACCACCACAGGAUGGGCCCGGGUCACGGACGACUCCAGACAAACCCCCCAAGAAGCCUUGGGGCCAGGAUGCAGGCGGCGGCAAGGGGGGUCAGGGGCCACCUGCCCGGAAGCCACCACGGCGAACGCCUUCUCACCUGCCGUCCAGUCCUGCAGCCGGGGACUGUCCCAUUCCAGCAGGCCCCAAGAGCCCCCCACCACUGGCCCCUGACACCCCCGACGAGGCAGCCCCAAUGGCUGCCGACUCGAAUGUCCAAGUGCCUGGCCCUACGGCGAGCCCCAAGCCCUCAGGCCGGCUGCGGCCGCCCCGUGAGAGCAAGGGAGCCCGGAGAUCAUCAGGUGCCAGGCUGGACGCUGGGACAGGACCGCCUUCUACUGUGGCUGAGAGGCCAAAGGUCAGCCUGCACUUUGACACUGAGACUGAUGGCUACUUCUCUGAUGGGGAAAUGAGUGACUCAGAUGUGGAGACCAAGGACAGUGGGGUGCAGCGGGGUCCCCGGGAAGCAGGGGCUGAGGAGGUGGUCCGCAUGGGGGUUCUGGCCUCCUAAGUCACCCGUACCCCUGCCACAGGCCCUGCCCUGGUCCCCCCAUGAGGCCUCAGCCCAGUCACAACUGCCAUUUCCAAUCUUUGCUGAGUGUCCCAGACCCUCGAGGCUGCCACUCUGUUGUGGUUUUAUUUUUAAUAUAGAGCGAGUUUUGAAUUCCACACUGUUGUCUUUCCUCUGUGCUGGCCUAGGACGUUAGGAUUCCUCCACGGCUCCGGCUGCAGGGACCGGGCCAGGUCCUGUGCAGCCUUCCUGCCACCGCAGCACCCCCGCCCUGCCCACGCGGCAUUGCUGGGCUCCUGACUAGAUGCGGGCAAGGGGAAGAGCUCAGGACGCCAGUCCGCUGCCACUGGGUGACAGACUGUCAUUUGGGCAUUAUUUCAUGGCAGAUGGGCCAGCCCAGGGCCUGCCCCACCUUGCCCCACAUCCCACUGUAGUCCAUUUGGGGGUGGGGUGGGGGUCCUGCUGCACCCCACUGAUCCCCGAGGAAGUAUAAUAAGUGAUACCCAGCCAGUCUACUCACUGUCACAAGCACAACGAGCUUAUACGAGAAAGCACUGAGGGGGCACAGAGGGCCCACUGGCUCCAGGGGCACCUCAGCUGUUCCUGAUCAGCCCACAUCUGAGGCCUGCCCGCCCACCCCGCGACCCCCCAGUCCCUUGCUGCUCCGCCCCUGCCAGUGCCCAGCCCUGCAGCUCUGGGCAGGGGUUCCCAGAAAUCCUUCCUGAGCUGUGCCACUUACUCAGGGGACUCCCAAGCAACCAGCCACCAGGGCCGGUGGAGGGCUGCCAGGGAGGGCCAGUGCCCAGACGGGGGCGUGGGGCUCAGUCUCGCCCGCUACAGAGAAUCACUCUGGGGCUCCAACUUCCUUCCUUCGGGGCCAGUCCUGCUGAAGUCUGGUCAUUCCUAGACAGCUGACCAGACCAGACCGUUUGCCUUUUCAAGUUUCCCAGUCCCGCUAAGAGAUGAGCUGCUUCCUUGGUUUCCUUCUGGAAACUCCUCCUUCCAACUAGCAGUGGGAUCCCGGGGCCCAGGCGGCCGUGAUGGCUGCUGGGGCUGUUUCAAGUCUUGCUGGAGGCUCCUGGUUCCUCUCCCUCUGAGCCUUAACCCCCUUUCCCAGCCGUGCCCACCCUCCCCACCACCUACCCGCCUUCCACCCCACCCUCUAGGUCCCAGGUAGCUGCUCUGAAGCGUUUUAGUGGAGUGGCCCCAGGGUGAUAGCUCAGGGAACAAACAAAAAAGGAAUUCAGUGAAAACAUGUUUUUUUUUCUUUUGUGAAUUACUCCCGGGUCACUUCCACCACUGGUAAAGCCAGAACUUCUCCAACAAGAACCUUGCAAAAGUCCAGUGGAUCAGUCGAAUCAUUCUGUGGAUGCCAAAGAAUAUUUUGACCAUAAUACAGCACAGCCUGGACCUGACAACUUGUUACUUGGACUUUUUUUUUUUUUUUUCCUCAAUGGAGUUCUUUAGCAACAAAGUACCAGAAACAUGUUCAUUGCGCACACCCAAGGAGACGAGCCAAGCUCUCGGGAGAGGAUGCUAUUCUGCUCAACUCUGGGAACUGGGAACCGGGUGUGGGAUUUCAGAUGCUGGGCUGGGCCCACUGUGAGCUCUCCUAAUCUCGGGCUCACAGUGGGGAGGAACACUGGUGGCAAAACCAGCAUGGCCAGUCUUGACCGUGUGGUUCCCCCCACGCAAAUACACACCACGCAAAUCAGCGGGAUGGGGAGCAGCUGGACCACCCACCCCCGACUCCAAAACUAUCAAGGUACGACAGUGGCAUUGUCAUUGACACUCAGUUUUAUGUGAAUUUUUGCAAAACAGGAAACAAAGAUAAUGACUAAGUUCAGAGGCUCGGACAAAUGUGUCCAGUUGGAGUAGACUCGGAGCAGGCUUCAAGGAUUCUGGACGUUGGGAUGUCACAAGCUACCAUGUAGAGUUUAGUCUUCCUGCCGCCUUGAUAGCAGUGGCCAGUGCAGUGUCAGCUCAACGUCCCGACCCCAUUCUCUGUUUACUGCCUUUGAACAGACCUUCCCUCCCCGUGUUUCGGGUCACAGCCUUGUCUGUGCUGGAUUGUCCAGUCUGACCCUGCAGGAAGCAAAGGGACGAGCUUAAAGAACAACCAAACUCUGCCCAGGGGGUGGGGGUCGGGGUGCCAGCGAUGGCUCAAGUCCAAUAGACUCAGCACUUACCCCUGACCCCUUCAUCCAUCCUGAGGCAGAGACGGCUCGCUGGCAGUGGGCGUGGGAGAAAACCCAGGAGGGAGUGCGGUGGGUCUGGCCAGGAGAGGCAGCCAGCACUCUUCAGGGGACCUCUACAUUCCGACCCUCUUAAUGGGCUCUUUCUCUGGCUGGCCUCUCCCUGGGGCCACGUCCAGCACAGAGCCUGGGUGUCGGUUAGGCUGGCUGGUGGGAGCCCCUUCACUCCUAGGCCAGGCCCUAGUGCUGUCCACCUCAGAAUGUCCUCUGGGCUGCAAGGAGGAUAAGGAUGCUGAAACCCACCACUGUCCUUUCUGCCAUUAGCCAGGGCCCCUUCACUCUUUCUGGUCUACUGUCCACCGUGCUGAUGGCUUUGCUGUCCCUGAGGUUCGGGCGGGAAGCAGAAGACCUUUGCCCAGUCCAGAGGCUGAGGCAGAUCUUGCACUUGACCACACCUGGCCACGCUCAGCGGCCCUUGGAGGGAGAAGCUGCUCUGGUUCACCCUGGCUGGCAUCCCCAUUGUCCCAGUCCUGGCUGCCCACCACCUCCUUCCCCUCAGCGGUGACAAAGUAUUUUUAUGGGUCAUAAAUGUAUUUUACAACAGAUAAGGAGGAGAAAGGUAGAAGUGUCCAUUUCAUUACAUGACCUCUGACUUGGUGACCGUGAGCGUUUGCAGUGUAAGGCGCUCGGUUUCCUUGGAGAAGCCACCCAGGUUUCCAAACGUGGGUGUUGCCCUGUGGGUGUGUGAGUGCGUGCCAGGGCACGUCUCGUGCGUCCACGAGCCUGUGUGUCUGUUGUGGAUGGGUGCACUGUGGGACUUGCUGGGGCAACUAGAGAAUCAACUGCCCAACUCGAAAACAUAUCGGCAGCAGCUGGACUUGGCAUUUCCUUGCUCACUGCCAGAUGUGACCAACCUCUGCCCGUGCCUGGAGCUCUGCAGGACGGUCUGGAUGCCUGUAGCAAGGCCCCUGGGGAGGCCAUUUCCCAUGCCUCUGGUCCAGCUGGCCACAUUGGCCAAAGAGCCAGGGCUGGAGUCUGGGACUUUUGGUUGUUCUUUAAGGUACUUCCUGCCACCUUGUCCCUCAGAUGCACGACAUUCUGUGCUCCAUGUCGGCUCGGGGUGGGGGGAUGAUAUGAAUGUCACAGGAGGAAACACCUUCUGUCUUUGUUUCAAAGAAAGUGAUGUGCCAUUUGUUAAUAUACAAGAGAAAUAUUGAAAAUAUAUUGAAAAGAGCAAUUUUAAAUUAUUUUUGGCUUAUGUUGCAAUAUUUAUUUUCUUGUAUUAGAAAAGAUUCCUUUGUAGAGAAAAAAUGUAUUUUUCAUUAACGCAAAGACCUAUCUCCUCUUUUUGUACAUUGUCUGUGUUCCUGCCCUUAACAAGCAAUAGAAUGUACGGCCGCCCCGGUGCGGCCAGAGCCCGCCGUGCCCUGCAUGACUCUGUGUUGCCACUGCUGCCUAGCUCCCGGUCCCAUCCUGUCCUGCUCACUCAUGGGGUUUCCAGACCCGGCCCCACCAGGGCCUGUGUCUCAGGGAGCCCUUUGCACUCCUCGUGUGUUGGCAAACGCAGUUAAUAAAGCAGUGUUUUCUGUGCUG